CUGGAAUCAGGGCUGACCCUUUCCCGGUUCUCACUCGUUAAGAAACGGUUUGGCCGGAUCGGUCUCUGCCCAAAUGCCGUCUCCCUGGAGACCCCCUCUGAGCACUCUGUGGGAAAGAGUGCCCCACCAGGCACACCCCCAGCCCACCCUGCCUUAACAAACGCUCCACGAAGGCAGACGCUCCCAGCUCUACCCCCCUACCGAGAAGAGCGCCUGACACUGAGCAGGUGCCCAAAGUGUCGGGCCUGCUCGGCCCGCACCACCGCCUCCCGCAUUAGACCUGCUCGGGGCCCCGUGCCGCCGCCUCCCGCAUUAGACCUGCUCGGGGCCCGCACCACCGCCUCCCGCACUGGACCUGCUCGGGGCCCCGCGCCGCUGCCUCCUGCACUAGAGCUGCUCACAGCCCACACCACCGCCUCCUGCACUGGACCUGCUUGGGGCCCGCACCACCGCCUCUCGCGCUAG